CGGGAGGGGGGUGGUUGUGGGGGGAUGGACCGGGCUCGGCGGCCGCAGCGGCAGGAGCCGGUGCUUGAGCGCGAGCGACGGCGCUGGCGGAGACGCCGGCUGCUCCUCCCCUCCCCGCCGCUUUUCCUAAAACGAUUCCAGAACACCUUAGAAGUGCUUGAGGAAGAGUGAUAAAGGCAAGCAUGAAGCCUUCGCCUCAAAGCUGCAUGUGUAGUUACUGUUGAAGCAAUGCCUACCUAAUUUGACAGUCUUGGUGUGUUUAAAAAUUUUUGAGUUUGCAAAUAAUCGUAUUAAGUCUACUGAUGGAGCCUUCGGGCAGUGAACAGUUAUUUGAGGACCCUGAUCCUGGAGGCAGAUCCCAAGAUGCAGAGGCCAGAAAGCAGACAGAAUCAGAACAAAAGUUGUCUAAAAUGACCCAUAAUGCUUUGGAGAACAUUAAUGUGAUUGGCCAAGGCUUGAAGCAUCUCUUCCAGCACCAGCGCAGGAGGUCAUCAGUGUCUCCACAUGAUGUGCAACAAAUUCAGGCAGACCCAGAACCUGAAAUGGAUCUAGAAAGCCAGAACGCGUGUGCUGAGAUUGAUGGUGUCCCCACCCACCCCACAGCUCUGAAUCGUGUCCUGCAGCAGAUCCGAGUGCCACCCAAGAUGAAGAGAGGGACGAGCUUGCAUAGUAGGCGGGGCAAGCCAGAGGCCCCAAAGGGAAGUCCCCAAAUCAACAGGAAGUCUGGCCAGGAGAUGGCAACUGUUAUGCAGUCCGGCCGACCCAGAUCUUCAUCCACUACUGAUGCUCCUACCAGCUCCACUGUGAUGGAAAUAGCUUGUGCUGCUGCUGCUGCUGCUGCUGCGUGUCUGCCAGGGGAUGAGGCAUCUGCAGAACGGAUCGAGCGGUUGGAAGUAAGCAGCCUCCCCCAGACUUCCAGUGCGGUGGCCUCCAGCACUGAUGGCAGCCUCCACACAGACGCUGUGGAUGGAACACCAGACCCUCAGCGCACAAAGGCUGCUAUUGCUCACUUGCAGCAGAAGAUCCUGAAGCUCACAGAACAAAUCAAAAUUGCACAAACAGCCCGGGACGACAACGUUGCCGAGUACCUGAAGCUUGCCAACAGUGCGGACAAGCAGCAGGCCGCCCGUAUCAAGCAGGUUUUUGAGAAGAAGAACCAGAAAUCUGCCCAGACCAUCCUCCAACUACAAAAGAAGCUUGAGCACUACCAUAGGAAGCUCCGAGAGGUGGAGCAGAAUGGGAUCCCCCGGCAGCCAAAGGACGUCUUCAGGGACAUGCACCAGGGUCUGAAGGAUGUGGGAGCAAAGGUGACCGGCUUCAGUGAAGGUGUAGUGGACAGUGUUAAAGGUGGACUCUCCAGCUUCUCCCAGGCAACCCAUUCAGCAGCAGGGGCCGUGGUCUCUAAGCCCAGAGAGAUCGCUUCACUAAUUCGGAAUAAGUUUGGCAGCGCAGACAAUAUCCCUAACCUGAAGGACUCUUUAGAGGAAGGGCAAGUGGAUGAUGCGGGAAAGGCUUUGGGAGUAAUUUCAAACUUUCAGUCCAGCCCCAAAUAUGGUAGUGAGGAAGAUUGUUCUAGUGCCACGUCAGGCUCAGUGGGAGCCAACAGCACCACUGGAGGCAUUGCUGUAGGAGCAUCCAGCUCCAAAACAAACACCCUGGACAUGCAGAGCUCAGGAUUUGAUGCACUACUACAUGAGAUCCAGGAGAUCCGGGAGACCCAGGCCAGACUAGAGGAAUCCUUUGAGACCCUCAAGGAACAUUAUCAGAGGGACUACUCCUUAAUAAUGCAGGCCUUACAGGAGGAGCGAUAUAGAUGUGAACGAUUAGAAGAACAACUAAAUGACCUAACAGAGCUCCACCAGAAUGAAAUCUUGAACUUGAAGCAGGAAUUGGCCAGCAUGGAAGAGAAAAUUGCAUAUCAGUCCUAUGAACGGGCUCGGGACAUUCAGGAGGCCCUGGAGGCGUGCCAGACCCGCAUCUCCAAGAUGGAGUUGCAGCAGCAGCAGCAGCAGGUGGUACAGCUGGAAGGGCUGGAGAAUGCCACUGCCCGGAACCUUCUGGGCAAACUCAUCAACAUCCUCCUGGCGGUCAUGGCAGUCCUUCUGGUCUUUGUCUCCACGGUAGCCAACUGCGUGGUUCCCCUCAUGAAGACUCGCAACAGGACGUUCAGCACUUUAUUCCUUGUGGUUUUCAUUGCCUUUCUCUGGAAGCACUGGGAUGCCCUCUUCAGCUACGUGGAACGGUUCUUUUCCUCCUCCAGAUGAUGCUGGCACAAGAAGGCAGUGCUCCCCUACCCUCUGGCGAGUGCAUGCGGCGAAGAAUUAGACAGCAACUUACCUACUCUGAAGUUUUCUACAACAACAAAAGAGUUGAGUGAAUCUGUUUACAUUUAGAAUAAUGUUUUUUUCUUCAAAAGACGCAAUUGCAAUAGUAUUUUUUAGAUUUUAUCCAAGAAGUUUUUUGGGCAAAAAUCUUGGAUCAUUUUUAUGUAGCAUGAUUUUCCUUGGGAUGCAGAUCUUAAACAGUCCUUUAACAUGAACCAACAAUCUGGAGCACACUGAAGGGCAUUCUAAAUUGUGGCUUGAAGGACUGCACUAAAAUCCACUAAAAAGAUGCGAAAACCUGAUUAGGGAAACCAGUUAAACCUAACACCCUGCCUUGUCUGGGCUCAUCACCUCUCCCCCUCCCAGACUAACUUUACUGUGAAGUCCUACCACAUUCCAUGUCUGAAUUUCUGGAUUCAGGGUGGAUUUUCCUUGUCCGUGGAAGAACACAUGGAUCUCCCUGGCUUUCUCACCCAAGUUGGCCACUCAUGGUAACCCUGGAAGUAUGAUCACUUUUGAACCUGGUCCCUUAACCUUUGCUAGGAUACACAAGUGAGAGCAUCACGCCCCAAAGGAUCACUGCACAGUCCUACUACAGUAUUUUGAAGUAGCCCUCUAAAUACUUAACUUUAAGCAAAUCCCAUGGCCGCACUUUUAAGGUUUUUUUAAAUAUGUGUAUAGUCACCAAUUUAAAAAACAAAAAAUCUGAACAGCAUACUUGAAGAAUGUAAUACUCAAACUCUCAGUGCUUCCUUAUGGUUUCUAAUAGGAUUUUUUAUUAUUGUUAUUAUUAUUAUUGGGUUUUUUUGGAAAGGGUUGGGAGGGUCUUUUAUUUUUUCCUUUGAAAUAAAGAAGUGAUGUUUUUAAAUGAAGAAAUGUGUGGAUAUUUAAGUGUGCUGCUCCCUUUUGUCUUGAAACAAUUUGAGUAAAGGAACACUUGCUGUAAAUGCCACCCUCUGACACCCUUGUUUUGAGACCCAGCUUAAACUCCAUCCUCUGGCUGCUGCUCCUGCUUUUUGGUGUCCUGCCACCCCACACCACCACUUUAUGGGCUUGGCUUGGUUGGAGAGGAAAGGGGUGCGCAGGGAGAGGGGGAGGCUGUUUCCACAAGCCAGCAUGAUAGGGUAGAGAUUUUUUUUGCCCCAACAAUAUGUUUACCCAGUGACUUUGGGCUGGGAUUAUCUGUAGGAAAAAUUGAGACUGUACUAUGAGAGUCAUAAAUAAUUCCUUGUGUUUUCUUAGUUCAUUUUUUAACACCCCCUAAUUACUGAAACCAAAGUGAUGUGGAAUCUUCUGUCUGCAUUUUGGGCCCAGCAUCUUUAAUUUCAAAGCUUUAUUCUGUCUGCCCAAGAGAAUCAACUGAAGGUGAUUUCUCCCUAAAGAGCAGAAAAGCAAAUGUCAGGUUAGAAGGACUCACGUUUGGGGUGUAAAAUGUUGUCAGCGUCCUCUUCAUCUAAACUGACUUGUUAACAUAACUAUGCUCAGUGGACCUUUAUAGACAGUUUAGAAAAAUGGACUGAGCCUUCUUCGCCAUCCUAUAACCAGUUCUACCAUCCUGGCGGAACUUGGGCUUUUAGAGCCUAUCUAGAAAGCUUGGCCAACCUUUUCGUAUUCAUAGUAUUGAAUCACAAAUGCUGUUGCCUCUUGGCCUCUGUUCUGUGCAACCAGGUGAUGAGCAAGGGGCACAUACUUUGCCCUGAAAAGAGUAGCAAAGCAUGCCCUGCCCAUCUCCCCUAUACCAGGAAAUUCUUCUGGAGCUGGGUUAACACUGCCUGUCUGUCUGAGAGGAUGGCUUACAUGACAGCUCCAGCCUCCUGUGGCUUGGCAGGCUGGCCUUCUCAGAAACAGCAUGUUGUUUCCAUAAUCAUUUUCAUAUUUUAACUCAGGUACCCCAAUCUUCACUCCAUCCCCCAAUGAUUGUAGUACACCUGUUAGCUCUGUUGACCUCUCAAAAUCAGUGCCCAGAGCAGGCACCACAGGGGUGAUUUUUCUUUUAAAAAAUAAUUGGAGCCAAUUUAUGUUCAGGCCAAAAACAAAUUGUUCUCAAGCCUAUGUAUUUACAAUGUUAACUUUGCCUAAAGGUAUUGCAGUGACUUUAGGCAGAAGUGCCAAAGGACACCAUGACCUUGUCGAACUAGCACAGUUUUUCCUAAUUUUGUGCUUUAGUGAGGGAAAGACAGUCCCACAAAGUUAUUGGAAAGAUGCUCUAGCCACAAUCCUCCAGUUUUUCUAAGACAGAACUUCUGAGUCCCGUGAACUGUGUAGAGACUACGAAGUAUUGUGGGCACUGGAAGUCACUGGCUAGAUGGAUUGAAAUUGUUCCCAUUUGCCUUGGGACAGUUUCUGUCAAAGGAAGGUUUUCACCUCUGGAAAGCCCCCUGAGCUCCCAGCCAAACAGGCCCGCGCUGACUGUCCGUCCUCCAUUCUCAAAAUGUCCUCGGAAGGACCUCCAGGCUAGGUCAGGCACGGUAAUGGCUUUCUAGAUCUCUUGUCCCUUGAUUAUUCACCAGGCCCAACAGUUGUCUGCAUUUAAUGCUGUUUGUAACCGUGCAUCUAUUUUCUUGCCUUCCUUCCACUUUGUGCUGCCUAUACCUGUUGCCUUUGAGCUUCUUUGCAUUGUGGCUGUUCCUGGGUUCUCUUAUCUAUUCAAAGCUCUUCUAUAACCUCGCUCUAAUGGUUUAACAGUUCUGUGGAUGGAAACUUGUCACUCUAAUGCUUCUUCUCUUUUAAAGACUACAAGCAUUCCAUUUGAAAUGAAGCAUUCCUGGAUUACUGGUUAGUGCUGGUGUGUGAGGCUGACUAUGGUAGCCUGGGUGACUCUGUUCAGGUUGUAGAGUGACUAACAUUUACCUUUUUUUAUGAUAGUUGAACAGCACUUCUGUCUGCUCCAAUUUCAGUUCUUUGGAAAGAUAUUCAGUGCAUCCUAGCAAGGAAGGCUUCCUAUUCCACUGGCUCCUUAAGAAGCAAAAGUAGGUUAAAUUUUACACUUGCCUGGCUGGGUGGGGUUUUCUCUCUCCCCUGUACCCCCUCCACCCAAUUGAGGUAAAAAUCUGAUACGAAGAAAAACUCAGAUCAAGCCUUCCUUGCUAGCCAUGUCGUAACAAUGAGCAUAAUUUGCAUGUGGUCUUUGCUGUAUUUGGUUUUGUUUCUGAUUUCAUAUUCCUUUGAGGUACAGUCAGAUGAAAUGCUUAAUUCCAAGUGAGCUCCAGUGAGGAGCUGCCUUUCAACCUCAGAAAAUGUGCAUCCAAAACAAAACCAAAUAUUAUCAAAAAACUGACACAGGUAAAAUUAUGGUUCCCACCCCCACGUGAAGCUGGGGAUUUUGAACGUGGCUCUAAGAGUUAACAUUUCUGUCUGUGUGUCGUGUAUGCUGGGUGAUGCCCUCAGUAGGAUUGACUACUAGACUGUAAGUGUGUUUUAUCAAAGUGUGUAAGAAUAAAAACUCACUUGCACGAAUUGAAAAGUACAGAAAUGACACUUGUGAACGUGUGAACAUUAACACUGUAGUUGAUAGAUCUUAAGCUGCUAAUUGUUGAGAGAGAAUUACAUUUUUGUUUUGUCUGGUUGCUGCAGAUUCUCAGCAGCACUUUUACUGUACAUACAAAUUGAAAUAAAGACCUCAGCUAUUAACGAGGUGGUUGGACUCGG